AUAAUGCACCGCCGCGUCUGUGUAGCAGUGUUGAGGCAGCAGGAUGCAGAGUGCUGUUCACGUUUUCCAGUGGGGACCCUGAAAGGGACAACUUUGAAGGACAGCUUCUAAAGAAUAAGAACUAGAAGGAGUUAUAGUACCUGACUUUGGGCUGCUCUUCAGCAGGUGCUGCGCAGCAAGGAAGAGAAUUUCCAAGCGUUAUGAAGGCAGAGAAGGAUUCCGAAGACGAAGAAAGUGUCGUUAGAGAUCCAAGCUAAGUGUAGCACAGCAUGUGAGGGGCUGAGUCACUGGCUUGGUGUUUUCUGAGGCUUGCCUUGUGAGCUGCAGAGAUUUGUAACUUAAUGCAAAGUAAUUUGCCGUUAGCAACAAGAAACUAAAUCCUGUCUAUGAUGAGCUGUUGGUUCACUUGUGCUUCUAAGAACAGACAUGCUGCAGAUUGGAAUAAAUAUGAUGACCGAUUGAUGAAAGCCGCAGAAAGGGGGGAUGUCGAAAAAGUAUCGUCCAUCCUUGCUAAAAAGGGGGUCAAUCCAGGCAAACUUGAUGUGGAAGGCAGAUCUGCCUUCCAUGUUGUGGCCUCAAAGGGGAAUCUCGAAUGUUUGAAUGCCAUCCUUAUACAUGGAGUUGAUAUUACAACCAGUGACACUGCGGGGAGAAAUGCUCUUCACCUGGCUGCUAAGUAUGGACACGCAUUGUGCCUACAAAAAUUGCUUCAGUACAAUUGUCCCACUGAACACGUAGACCUGCAGGGAAGAACUGCACUUCACGAUGCAGCAAUGGCAGACUGUCCUUCGAGCAUACAGCUGCUUUGCGACCAUGGGGCCUUGGUGAAUGCCAAAGAUGUAGAUGGGCGGACGCCACUUGUCCUGGCCACUCAGAUGUGUAGGCCAGCAAUAUGUCAGCUGCUCAUAGAUAAAGGAGCGGAUGUUAAUUCCAGAGACAAACAAAACAGAACUGCUCUUAUGCUGGGCUGUGAGUACGGCUGCAGAGAUGCAGUAGAAGUCUUAAUCAAAAACGGUGCUGAUGUAAGCUUGCUGGAUGCCCUUGGCCACGAUAGCUCUUACUAUGCAAGAAUUGGUGACAAUCUGGACAUUCUAGCCUUACUGAAGACUGCGUUGGAAAACACCAGCAAAGGGAGAGAAUUUUGGAAGAAAGGACCAUCUUUGCAACAGCGAAAUUUGCCACACAUGCAAGAUGAGAUAAACAUGAAAUCAAAUCAGAGGGAGCAUCAGAGCAUUCAGGACCUGGAGAUUGAAAAUGAAGAUUUGAAAGAGAGGUUGAGAAAAAUGCAGCAAGAACAAAGAAUACUACUGGAUAAAGUCAAUGGUUUACAAUUACAACUGAAUGAGGAAGUAAUGGUUUCUGAUGAUCUGGAAAGUGAGAGAGAAAAGCUGAAGUCCCUUUUGGCAGCUAAAGAAAAGCAACAUGAAGAAAGCUUAAGAACCAUUGAGGCUCUGAAAAAUAGAUUUAAAUAUUUUGAGAGUGAUCAUUUGGGAUCAGGAAGUCACUUCAGUAACCGAAAAGAAGAUAUGCUUCUUAAACAAGGUCAGAUGUAUGUGACAGACUCACAGUGUUCUUCCUCGGGCAUGCCGGCCCAUAUGCAAAGCAGGUCGAUGUUGCGACCACUGGAGCUGUCAGUGCCCAGUCAGACGUCAUACUCUGAAAAUGAAGUGCUCAAGAAAGAGCUCGAAGCCAUGCGGACUUUCUGUGAGUCCGCCAAGCAAGACCGACUCAAGCUCCAGAACGAGCUGGCGCAUAAGGUAGCUGAGUGCAAAGCCUUGGCGCUGGAGUGUGAGAGGGUCAAGGAGGAUUCAGACGAGCAAAUAAGACAGCUGGAGGAUGCGCUAAAAGAUGUGCAGAAGAGGAUGUACGAGUCAGAAGGGAAGGUGAAGCAGAUGCAGGCCCACUUCCUGGCUCUGAAGGAACACCUGACCAGUGAGGCGGCCGCCGGGAGCCACAGGCUGGCCGAGGAGCUGAAGGAGCAGCUGAGAGAUGCCAGGGCCAAGUACGAAGGCGCGGCCACAGAGGUGGGCAAGUUAAGAAAUCAGGUCAGGCAGAGCGAGGUGGUUGUGGAAGAGCUGAAGAGAGAGGAGGGCAAGCUGGCGGAAGAGAAGCAGCAGCUGCAGAGGGAGCUGAGCAUGUGCGAGACAGAGCGCGAGAAGAGAGCAAGGAGGGCCGCGGAGCUGGAGGGCCAGGCGAAGGAGCUGCUGGCGAGGCUGGCCCUCUCCAUCCCGGCAGAGCAGUUCGAGAACAUGAGGAGCCUGCUGUCCAGGGAGGCGAAUGAGAAAGCAAAAAAACUAGCAGACACGGAGAGGGACUACGAGAAGUCCCUCAGUGAAGUCAGGCAGGUAAGGCGAGAACUGGAGACCCUGAAGGCCAGGCUGGCACAGCAUGUCAAGCCUGAGGAGCACGAACAGCUAAAGGGCAGGUUGGAGCAAAAGGCAGGAGAGCUGGGAAAGAAGGUCACGGAGUUAACGCUGAAAAACCAGACUCUGCAAAAGGAAAUCGAGAAGGUUCAUCUGGAUAAUCAGCGUCUCAGCGACCAGGCGCACAACCUCACUAUUGAAAUGAAAAGCCAUUAUGUUCCUUUAAAAGUAAGCGAAGACAUGAAAAAGUCACAUGAUGCGGCGAUUGAUAACUUGAAUAACAAGCUUUUAGAUCUAACACAAAAAUAUACAGAAAAAAAGUUGGAAAUGGAGAAAUUGCUGCUAGAAAAUGACAGCUUAAGGAAGAGUGUCAGCCGCCUCGAAACUGUGUUUGUACCCCCCGAGAAACACGAAAAAGAGGUGACAGCUCUGAAAUCUGAUAUUACUGAACUUAAAAAACAGCUGUCCGAACUCAAGAAAAAAUGUGGUACAGACCAAGAGAAAAUAUAUGCACUUACAUCUGAAAACACUAACUUGAAGAAGACUGUGCAUAAUCAAUACGUGCCGGUUAAAACCCACGAAGAGAUGAAAACUGCACUGAGCAGCACAUUAGAUCAGACUAACAGAGAACUGUCAGAUGUGAGGAAAAAAUGGGAGGAGAUACAUCAAGAAUUUGUAAAACAAAAAGAUGAAAAUGAAAUCUUGAGAAGAAACCUGGAAAACACUCAGAACCAAAUAAAAGCCAAAUACAUAAGCCUAGAGGAGCAUGAGGCAGAGGUGAGUACCAUAAACCAGAACAUGAAGAAGGUUCAGGACAGUAAUGCUGAGAUCCUGGCCAACUACAAGAGAGCCCAAGAAGAGAUUGUGACCCUGCACGCCGAAAUCAAAGCCCAGAAGAAGGAGCUCGACACAAUACAGGAAUGCAUUAAGCUAAAAUACACUCCCAUCAUCAACUUUGAAGAGUGUGAGAGGAAAUUUAAAGCAACGGAGAAAGAGCUGAAAGAACAGUUAUCAGAGCAGACACAGAAGAAUAGUGCCAGGGAAGAGGAGGCCAAGAGAAACAAGGAAGAGAAUGACAAGUUGAAGAAGGAGCUUGCGAUCCUUCAGAGAGAUCUAAAGGAUAAGGAUGCUGUCGUUGAAAAAUCUCAUGGGAUAGAAAGAGCGCUGAACAGACAAACAGAAGACCUGGACAGACAGCUGAAAGACUUGUCACAGAAGUACACAGAGAUGAAGAACAUGAAAGAGAGGUUCGCAGAGGAAAAUGCCAGACAGGCUUCUGAGAUACUUGCCGUGCAGAAUCUUCUGCAAAAGCAGCAUGUUCCAUUGGAGCAAGUUGAGGCUCUGAAAAAGGCUCUUAAUAGCACAGUCGAGAAUCUGAAAGAAGAACUGAAGAACACGCACAGGUGUUAUGAAAAGGAGCAGCAGGCAGUGACCAAGCUGCACCAGUUACUGGAGAACCAAAAAAACUCUUCCAUGCCCCUGGCAGAACACUUACAGAUUAAGGAAGCAUUGGAGAAAGAAGUCGGAAUCAUCAGAGCUAGCCUGAGGGAAAAGGAAGAGGAAAGCCAGAACAAAGCUGAGGAGGUCUCCAAACUUCAGUCCGAGGUGCAGAAUACUAAACAAGCGUUAAAAAAAUUAGAGACGAGAGAGGUAGUAGACUUGUCUAAAUACAAAGCAACAAAAAGUGACUUGGAGACACAGAUUUCCAGCUUAAAUGAAAAGUUAGCCAAUCUGAAUAGAAAGUAUGAGGAAGUGUGUGAGGAAGCUGUGCAUGCCAAAAAGAAGGAGCUGUCUGCAAAAGGUGAGAAGGAAUUGCGACAUUUCAGCAUUGAGCAAGAAAUCAAGGACCAGAAGGAGCGGUGCGAUAAGUCCUUAACCACAAUCACAGAACUGCAGAGGAGAAUCCAAGAGUCUGCUGAGCAAAUCGAGGCUAAAGAUAACAAGAUAACGGAACUGUUGAAUGAUGUUGAGAGAUUGAAACAGGCACUCAAUGGCCUUUCCCAGCUCACCUACACAGGCGGGAUCCCCACCAAGAGGCAGAGCCAGCUGGUGGACACUCUGCAGCACCAAGUCAAGUCCCUGCAGCAGCAGCUGGCUGAUGCUGACAGACAGCACCAGGAGGUGAUCGCCAUCUACCGGACACACCUUCUUAGUGCUGCCCAGGGUCACAUGGAUGCUGACGUUCAGGAGGCCUUGCCAGAUCAUACAGAUGCGACAGGGCCUCGUGUGCUAGUGGCAACUGACCUGCAGCGUCUGCUGUCUCCUGCUGGUGCUGAGCAUUCCGGGUGCAUCUCUGUGGUCCUUCUGGGCCUCAUUGUGCUAGUAUAAUGAGAAUAAAAUCCAUUUUGUUUCAGCAGUA